AUGAGAAAACAUGGUAUACUACAUCAGUCUUCAUGUGUUGAUACACCUUCUCAAAAUGGAGCUGCUGAGAGGAAGAAUAGACAUCUACUUGAGACAUCUCAGACACUUUUGUUCCAAAUGAAGGUCCCUAAACAGUUCUCGGUUGAUGCAGUCUCUACAACCUGUUUUUUGAUUAAUCACAUGCCAUCUAUUGUGCUUGGUGGUAAUGUACCUUACAGUGUUCUUUUCCCAGACAAGUCAUUGUUUACGGUGGAACCUAAGGUGUUCGGAUGUACAUGUUAUGUCCGAGAUGUUCGACCAUCUGUUACCAAGUUGGAUCCCAAGGCAUUGAAAUGUAUUUUCCUGGGCUAUUCUCGCCUUCAGAACGGUCCAGGGGGAGGAAGAUUAGUGGCUAGUAUAUCAGGUUACCCAUACUUUGAUAGAAGAACCAAAUAUUCCUCUGUCUCCAUUUCUUCUAUUAAGCAACAAUCAACUAUUAUGCCUCCAGCACCUGCUCCAACUGUGCUAGCAAGACCGCCAAUUAUUCAAGUUUACUCGCGGAGGCGAGAGACAAAUGAUACAUCUCCUACAACAGUUCCUUCGUCAUCAGAUCCUCCUCUACCUGAUCCAGUAAAAGACCUUGACCUUCCUAUUGCUCUUUGCAAAGUGAAGAAAGCUCUAAAUUAUCCAGAAUGGUCUGAUGCAAUGCUUGACGAAAUACAUGCCUUAGAGGAUAAACAAACAUGGGAUUUGGUGGAUUUAUCCAAGGAAAAGAAACCAGUGGAGGAAGUGUAUAUGGAGCAACCACCCGGUUUUGUUGCUCAGGGAGAGUAUGGGAAAGUCUGUCAAAUGAAGAAGUCCUUGUAUGGCUUGAAGCAAAGUCCUCGAGCUUGGUUUGGCAAGUUUAGUGGGGAAGUGACUAUGCGGGAAUUUCUUCCCUUUAAGUCUUUCCUACACACUAGGUUUCAUACAAAGGACUUGGAAACUGGAAAGUUAGCAGCUAAACCCUGCAGUACUCCAAUGGUUCCUGAUGUGCAUCUUAUGAAAGAUGAUGACGAUCCUUUUGAUGAUCUAAAGAGAUACAGGAGGUUAGUUGGAAAAUUAAACUACCUCACUGUGACUCAUCCAGAUAUCGCGUUUGCGAUUCAUGAGAACUUGAUAUCCACUGGCUAUAUGAAGACAGGAGAGCAACCAGCUGAUUUAUUCACAAAGGCGUUGAAUGGAAUUCGAGUUGAUUACCUUCGUAACAAGCUGGGCAUGAUCAAUAUCUAUGCUCCAGCUUGA